AUGGUCGAAGACAUGCGAAUAAACCCCCAACGCGCGAAGCAGCUCGCAGAGAAUAUAUCGACGAUCUCUUCGCGUAUCAAGGCGGCCAGCAAAGACAACAAGCAGGUGCGCCUUAUAGCCGUAUCCAAACUCAAGCCCGCAAACGACAUCCUCGCUCUACACCAACAGCCAGACCCCACACAUACACACUUUGGAGAGAACUACGUCCAAGAACUCAUCGAGAAGUCCAAACUCCUACCCCGCACAAUACGAUGGCACAUGAUCGGCGGCCUCCAAUCGAACAAAUGCAAGCAACUGGCCGAGCAAAUACCAAAUCUAUGGUGCGUAAGCAGUGUGGAUAGCGAAAAGAAGGCAAAUGAGCUAGAAAAGGGACGCAAGGCCCUCUUAGAAAAGGACAACAGCGCCGAAAAGCUCAGGGUGAAGGUUCAAGUCAACACAUCGGGCGAGAAGGAAAAAUCUGGCGUGGAGCCUUCAGACGCCAUCAUACUGUGCAGACAGAUCAUUGAGAAAUGCCCACAUCUCCAACUCUCGGGUCUGAUGACUAUUGGCGCGAUUGCGAGGAGCAGAGCAACAACGCCGGAGAACGAGAAUGAGGACUUUGUGGCGCUACGGGAGACGAGGGAUAAGGUUGCCAAGGAGCUGGGUUGGGAGGAAGGGCAACUGGAAUUAAGUAUGGGUAUGAGUGCGGAUUUUGAGGGCGCGAUUCGAAUGGGUAGUGAUGAGGUCAGGGUAGGGAGCGAGAUUUUUGGGGAGAGGCCGCAGAAGAAGGAUGCUGUUGUUAAAGAGAAUGUGGCUGAGGAGAAGAGCUGA